AUGAGAGCAUUAGAACAAGAUGCAUCAGUGGAUCAACACCCCAAGGCUCGAAUUCUUCUUGGCCUCUGGAUUUUCUCUCUUGUCUCUCUUGUUAUUAUCUAUCUUGGAUCAAACAAGGAUGGAUCUUUAUCCAUAACCAACAUCACCCAUAAGUUUUAUCGUCCAAAACCACUCUCACCACCACCAUCACCAUCACCGUCACCUUCACUUUCACCUUCGCCAUCACCAUCUUCAUCACCUUCACCAUCACCGUCACUAUCAUCACGAGAUGAGUUAGAAGAGGCAUUGGCAAAAGCUGCAACUGAGAACAAUACUGUGAUCUUAGCCGUUGCGAAUAAGGCCUACACCGAAGGCGAUAAACCCAUGCUCGACAUAUUCCUAGAUGCAUUUUGGCUCGGGUUAGAUACUCACCCGCUUACGAAACACCUUUUAAUCGUCGCAGUCGAUCAAACCGCGUAUGACAGAUGCAACUUUCUAAACCUCCACUGCUACAAGCUCGAGACGGAGGGUGUCACCUACGAUGGCGAGAAGCUUUUCAUGUCAGACGAUUUCAUAAAAAUGAUGUGGCGAAGAACACUCUUUCUCGGCGAUGUUCUUAAGCAUGGCUACAACUUCAUAUUCACGGAUAUGGAUGUAUUGUGGCUACGGAAUCCAUUUCCAAGAUUAACAAACGAAAGCUUGGAUCUUCAAAUCAGUGUCGAUAACUUUAACGGCGAUCAGUGGUCGGACAAUAACCCGAUCAACACGGGUUUCUACAUGAUCAGAUCGAACGAAAAAACGAUUGCAUUGUACGACGAAUGGUACGACGAGAAAGACCGUUCACCGGGAAAGAAAGAACAAGAUGUGCUAUUCGAUCUUAUGCGAAAGGGGGCAUUUAAAAGGUUAGGCCUUCAGGUUAGGUUUUUAGACACAAUAUUUUUCAGUGGAUUUUGCCAAAAUAGUAGAGAUGUGAAUGUGGUAUCCACUAUUCAUGCCAAUUGUUGCCGGAGUAUUAGAGCCAAAGUCUCCGAUCUCAUCGCCGUUCUUCAUGAUUGGAAGAGGUUCAAGGCGUCCUCCGGCGACGUGUCCAAUUUUAAAUGGUCGGAGCAUAUUGCUUGUAAGAAUUCUUGGCACCGACGAUGA